AUGGAGAGACCUACCAAAGCAAGGAAGAAGACCGAUGUCCUGCAACACGAGGAAGAGGCGAAGGGAAAUCGCCGAAAGGCGAAUUUCUCGUCAAGCCGACUCAUUGGUAUUGUCAUACCAGUGGUCGGUGGAGUGUGUAUAAUAAUCGCCAUUGUUGGUGGCACAUUGUGGCACAUCAGUCAAAACUACAGAGGAUUCAUUAAAGUGCCGAUUGGACAAAAUGGAAAUGUAGUUUCUGGAGGUCACGGAGACAGUGACAAUGUACUUCAAAUCAGAUUUACAGGUCACAAUGAACCUCGGUCUGCCGAAGAAAUCGCUCAAGCGUUAUCGCAACACUCACUGGGGCAUGCCCCCGAGCAGGCCACUGAGCAGGCAACAGAUGGGCUGAAUGAAAAUUCUGGAUUGGCGGCUUACCAAGAAAUCUCAACCGAUGUUUUGAACGAGGGGCUCCCAUCGGAGGCCCAGUCCCGACCCGGUACUUCGCGCCGGAACAAAAGCGACAGACUACCGGCUUCAAUUCCAGCUGCGAGGUGUUCUUGGAGUAAAGACGAAAAUGCAUAUUCUGAGCUGGGAAACUUCUCAAUUCAGACAGAGAAAAAAGCUGUACCUGCGAAGCCCUCCUUUCCUGUGCGGCCUUAUGGAAGGAAGGUUGCCCCCUCCACUGAUGGUGGCGAUUGCUCUAAAGAUUCCUUCACAUGGAGCAGGGAAAAAGACAAACAUAAACCACCUUUGCCGAUACGCCAGAACCAUACGACGGAGUCUGUUUCGGCAUAUGCAGUGAACAACAUAGUGGAGCCGACCAGAAGUAGCAUCAAGAAGUAUGCGAAGCCAGCUAACCGGGUUCGCAACACACCAAAAACGGCGGAUGUCAGAAACACCAGCAGAAAGGGUGCAACGACCAAACAUAUUCGCCGGUUCGGGGAAUCGAUUGGAUCGACGGUGGUGACCGGAGAGACUACCAAAGCAGCUGACACUGCGGAGUUACCUGCAAUCAGUUCUUCACAAGGUGAGCCAGUCUACUUCAUUGUCCAUCCUGAACCUUCAUCUGAAGCUUCAUCAGAUAAUGGUCGUGAUGAAUAGUCAAUGCCUCGAAGCUCCGGCCA